AAGAAGGCCCGGCAACUCCCCAGGCAACUAUACUCCCUCCGCUCAGCCCAUAUCCACCAUGAGAUCGUUGAUGGGAAAUGUGUCAAUAUCCCGAGAAUUGAAUAUAAAAUGACGCCGAAAGCUAGCAAACUGUCAUUCUUUGCAAAAUAUGGUGGUUCCGGAUCCCAGGUAUAUACCAAAGAGGACCAGCUGUUGGUGAGGGUACCCAGUUCACUACAGUUUCCUGUGGCACUACUAACACGGCGCUCCAAGUUCGGUGUUAUCGAGCUCUACGCACCGCCCCGAAACUUCUUCCUAGAACAUCUACAUCUUUACAUUGUGUCCUACGAGUGGCCGUGCCUGCGUGUCCUCAGCGUCACUGGUAGAUACCUCACACCAACGGUGGCAGACGACCCCCCGAGCAAUUGCCCCUGUGACUGGGUGGUUCACCAUUGCCAGAUAACCUCGAUGGACUUACGCUUUGUAUCUCCGGCCAGGGGUCUGGGUAUUCGGACGGUAAUUACAACUCUCUUCCAGUUGGCAAACGUCAAUCACGGCAUGGUCGAUGGGGAGAUCGUGUUUGUCCUGACAGUCGAGCAUUCUGUGCUUCCUGAGGGGGACGACCUAUUCUUCGCCAGGCCUGGAGAUUCCGGUGCCUUGGUGUAUACCAAGGAUAGCCAUGCGCUAGUUGGCUUGUGUGUUGCAGGUCGCCUGUAUUUGCCGUCGUGUUCGUAUUUUACACAUAUCAGUGACUUGCUGAUAUUGAGCAGAGUACUGGCGCAACUGAGUCGAUGCGGUCGUACCGAUAAAAGCCGGGGGAGUGUUCCCGUUCGGAUCCGGUCAAUGCCAGGGCAGAGCCUGGCUCUCAAAGAGAAUGCAAGCUCUUCUGGCAUGUUUGGGGGCUUUUUUGAGAUUACUCUUCCUGGAAUUGCGAAACCAAAGGUGGUUGGAAUCACUUGUUUUCAUGUGAUCAACCCGACAGUGAAGGAGGAGAAGGAGAGCACAAAGGCUGUAAUAAGGAAAUGGUGGGAGGAAGGGAUUAAUCCCGACGACAACAUGGCCAAGCACCUGGCAGCCUCCCAUCCGAGCCCACAUGCAAUCCAAGAGAACAAGCAGUCAUUAAAGGGACUUCGAAAGGGCGAUGAAAUGGCGUAUUUACAGGCCGAAAAGCAGAUUUCCAAUUCCCAGGGCUUAUUGCGUGAUAUCCAAGGCCUUGGUCGAUUUGGAAGAGUUUGGGAAGCAUCUGGGUUUAGGAUCGCUCAGGCUCUAAGCAUCGACAAUAGCAAGUAUCCCUGGCCGUGA